CAAGUUUACAACUCCACACACGUGCGGCUGGUACAUCAGGACUGGAGUGGUGUGGUGGCAUCUUACACACAGAGGAAAGGAAAUAAAGUAAAUCUGAGCAUUAAUCUGUGUUUAUAAAGACUUUCGCGCUUUAAUCUUGCCUGCGUGCUCAGGUGCAGCAGGUAUCUUCCGUUUCUUUCUUUUAUUUUUGGGAAGUGGAGGUGUCUAAACUCACUGUUUCUCUUCAUGGAAAGGAGACCGAACAAUGUGGCCCUAGCAUGGCUGUGGCUGCUGCACCAACCACCCAGGGACCAUGGCUUUUAGCCGCAUCAAUAAACUGGACCCCCCGUCCCGAGGCGUCUUCAGGAGAGCGGCGGUCAUGCUCUGCUCCCUCCUCUGCUCUCUCUUCCUCCUGCACUGCCUCGUCGACACCACCAACACCGUCUCCCCUUCGCCGGUCAGAGCCUCCGGGGGUCGGUGCGCGGAGCUUUUGGAGGACCUACGGUCACUGAGGAGUAAGAGGCUGGUCCACGAGUGGAGCGCCGCCGGGUCGGAACUGACGGGCUACGGGCGCGGCGCGCCGCCUCCCGCGGAUGAGGAGUCCGUCAUCCUGCCGCCUCCGGAUUUAGUUUCCUCCGGGAGAGUGUCGCCGAGGUUCGCAGGUAAACUCAGUCCGCUCGGCGAGGGGAGCAAGAAGCUGCCACAGGCGCUCAUCAUCGGGGUGAAGAAAGGAGGCACCCGGGCUCUGCUGGAGUUCCUGCGGGUUCAUCCGGACAUCAGAGCCGUGGGAGCCGAGCCGCACUUCUUCGACCGCAACUAUGACAACGGACUGGAGUGGUACAGAGAGCUGAUGCCCAAGACCCUGGAGGGCCAGAUCACCAUGGAGAAAACGCCCAGUUACUUUGUGACCAGAGAGGCUCCAGCCAGGAUCUCCGCCAUGUCUCGGGACACUAAGCUGAUCGUGGUCGUGAGGGACCCGGUCACCAGAGCUAUCUCAGACUACACACAGACACUGUCUAAGAAGCCUGACAUUCCCUCUUUCGAGAGCCUCACCUUCAAAAACAGGACUACGGGGCUCAUCGACACCUCGUGGAGCGCCAUCCAGAUUGGCAUCUACGCCAAGCACCUGGACAACUGGCUGCAGUAUUUCCCCAUGGAGCAGAUCCUGUUUGUGAGCGGCGAGCGUCUCAUCAGCGACCCAGCGGGGGAGCUGGGCCGCGUGCAGGACUUCCUGGGCCUCAAGAGGAUCAUCACUGACAAACACUUUUAUUUUAACCAGACCAAGGGUUUCCCGUGCCUCAAGAAGGCUGAGGGCAGCAGCAAGCCUCACUGCCUAGGAAAAACCAAAGGGAGGACCCAUCCCAACAUUGACCCAGAGGUGGUGCAGAGGCUGCGGGACUUCUACAGGCCAUUUAACAUGAAGUUCUACCAGAUGACGGGGCGUUUUUUUGGCUGGGACGACUGAAUGUGUUCCACAAAGACACUGAGGACUGUUGGAUAUACAAAGGUUUUGACAAAAUAGUCAUAUUUCAUGAAAUAAGUCAUCAUGUCACCAAAAAAACAAUAUUCAUCUAAAUAUUCUUAUACUCAUCCCAUCAAUAUCUGGUAAUCUAUUGGUUAUAAGUCUUUGUUUUGCACAAAGAAAUGUUUCUGUUUUAUUAUGUUGUCUCAUAGAUUUAUGAUUCUUAUAUUUUUCUAAAGUUGAUGCUCUAUUUUGGUGAAAUAAUUCCUUUUAAUUUAAUUUAAUUUGUGUGUUUUAACAUUGCACUGUAGCUCUCUUCAAAAAAAUACAGUGUACAGUAUAUUCAGAUUAUGUUAAUAUCAAGAAAUGUAACAGGCAACAGAUUACAAUGCAGAUUUAUGGGUUUAUUAAUAUGAAUUCUUUUACUAUGACUUUAUCCUUGUGAUAUUGUAAUUUUUUUUGACUGCCGACAGAUAUAUUUUGACUUUGUAGUCAAAGUGGUAGACUUUUUCCUCCACAAACAGUGUCCUUGUUACUGUGGCACAGAAAUAAUGGCCGCUGCACUAAACCCGAAGCAAUAUGUGACUGUUACAGGAGAGAAGGGAUGUGUUCCGUCUCUCCUCAGCAGCACCCAGGAUAUAUGCAAUGUCUCACAGUUACAUUUUUCAUCAUCAAAGCUGCCUCUAAUCCACAAUCACGGGGACAUUUUCAAAGGAUGAUUGAGUCGUUGAAGGAUUUUUCGUCAUCUCUCGCUGCAUCUGAGGAAACUUUUCCUUAUAUUAGUCUUUGAGAGAGAGAGAGAGAAGUAUGGAAGCCAGUGCUUCUUGAAGAAGAUGGUUGAAAUCACACUGGGGCUUUGGAUAAAAGCUCUCACUGAGGAAUUUGAUGCCAUACUUUAAACCUACGUAGCUGCUUUCAAGUUUUCUAGCGAAAUAGUGUAUGAAAAAAACAAAAAAAAACCUUAAUGUAUUUUUGAAAUGUAUUUAUUCACACAAAUGCUAUGUUUGUAUUUUUGAAUAAUUCCAUGGUGUUUAUUUUCUCCCCAUGCCUUUUGGAGUUUGUUUUAUACUGAAUACUAAAAACAUGCUAUCGUCGUUUUAAUUUCAGGUUUUCCGGUUUUAGUCGCAGAGCUGAGAUUUUAUUAUUAUCAUUAUUAUUAUUAUAUCAGUUAAUGAAGUUACAAGGCAAAGACAGCACUGACUGUUAUUCAAGCAACAGCGACUUGAGUGGAGGGAGGGAAGAGACCUCAGGAGCAAAAAGUGUGACUCAAAUUUCCACAACAUGCCUUGUGAAUUGAAUGCACUUCAUGUCACUGGUCUCCUUUGCCUUGACGCUGUGUGUGUGUGUACUUGAAUGUGUUACCUCUUUGGGACCUU